AUGACAGAGUUCCCCACGACUAGUCGAGACAUGACAGAAAAACCCGACAAGACAACCGACAGAGAUCCCCCGAAAGAGAACCCGACCAGAGAACCGACACGAGAACCUGACAGAGAACCCGACACGAGAACCCCUGACAAGAGAACCGACAGCGACUCCUGCAGAGAACCUGACAGACGAACCCCGACAGAGAUACCUGCACUCCAAGAGAACCUGACAGAGACACCUGACAGAGAACCACCUUAA